CGGAUCCGAGGAAGAACCACCCCCCGGGCCUGCCACUGACUGGGGGCCCAGCGUCCCAGCACUUGCGGGGCCCACAACCUCGUACUUGCCACCCAAUCCACGGCAUCUCGGGCAGAUUCUAUUUGAUUCGAUUCCUCUUUUCCCGUUUCGAAUUCAAACCACCGCUGCUGGGUCCCCCGUCCUCCUCCUCUCCUCCUCCUCCUCCUCCCCCCCUCCCCAUCGAAGAACGGAAGAAGCUUCUACUUGUACACCCACGCACAAGGCUCCAGGGUGCGCCAUGACGGAGCCUCCCAGGGUGUCGUUCCGCGACGGCCGCCUCGCGUCUCGGAAGGCGGAGGAGGCAGCAUGGAGGCGGCACCAGGCUGCGUCCUGGCUUCAGACCAUGGUCGGCUCCUUCGGAUCAUCCCCUUGCCCAUCCGAGCAAGAAUUUGUUGCUUCUCUAAGGAAUGGUAUCGUCCUAUGCAACGCAAUCAACAAGUUACAGCCCGGUGCUGUGCCCAAGGUUAUCACAAAUGCCCCCUGCGAUAGCCAGCCGUUGACAGCUUUUCAGUAUUUCGAGAACAUCCGCAACUUCUUAGUCGCUGUCCAGGACCUAAAGCUGCCGAGUUUUGAGGCAUCUGAUUUAGAUAAGGACAAUCUUGAUGCUGGGACCGUGGCCAAGAUUGUUGAUUGUGUCAUUUCGUUGAAGUCUUACCAUGAAUGGAAGCAAGCCGGUGGAGCCAAUGGGCCUAUCAAGUACAUGAAAUCACCUCUUGCAGUGCGUUUUUCACAGAUUCAAUCUGAAAACGUUGCUUUGGGACCUUCGCCCUCCCAAAAGCGUCUAGACUUGACAGAUUUUGUUGCUGACACACAGCCAUCUCAAAAUGUAGAUUCUAACACGCAAGAGGUGGUGGAUAAACUUCAGAAAGCUAUCGUAGAUUGCAUGUUGAGUUAUAAGGAAAAUUUCGACCAAGACAUUCUGAAAAAGGAUCCAACAAAGCUUAUUGGUGCUAUUUUUGCAAACCAGCUGGGAAAAGAACAGUCCAAACAUCUUCAGCUUUUCUCUCCAGAAGGGCUUACAAUGGAAAAUGAGCCAGUUCAUUGUAUUGAGCAUUCCAAUUCGCAGAUUGAGAACAAGCAGUGGCUCUUGCAAGCACAUGAAACUGAACUUUUGGAGCUCAAGAAAAUGUUUCAAGAUGUUAAAGUCGAAUUCAGGUCUUUGCAGACCCAAUUUCAAGAUGACAUGACCAUAUUAGGUAACAACAUCCAAGAGCUUUCCAAAGCUGCUUUUGGUUAUAACCAAGCUGUACAAGAAAAUAGAAACUUGUAUAACAUGCUUCAAGAACUGAGAGGAAAUAUCCGAGUCUUCUGCCGGAUAAGGCCACCUCUUCAUUCAGAGUCUAUUUCUUCAAUUGAACAUGUUGGAAACGAUGGCUCAGUAAUGGUCUGUGAUCCCGUGAAACUACAAAAUACACGUAAAAUUUUCCAGUUCAACAAAGUUUUUGGGCCAACAACCACUCAAGAUGAGGUGUAUAAGGAGACACAACCUUUGAUUAGAUCCGUCAUGGAUGGAUAUAAUGUAUGUAUCUUUGCUUAUGGGCAGACAGGUUCCGGGAAAACCCAUACAAUGUGUGGUCCAUCUGGUGGGUUGCCUAAAGAUUUUGGAAUUAAUUACAUGGCGUUAAACGAUCUCUUCAACAUAUCAACUUCUAGAGCAGAUGUCAAGUAUGACAUACGGGUGCAGAUGGUUGAAAUAUACAAUGAACAAGUUCGUGAUCUUCUAAGCGAGGACACAACAAGCACGAAAUUAGAUAUAAGGACUUCCUCAAACAAAGGUCUGUUGAACCUUCCAGAUGCAAAGAUCUGCCAAGUGCAGUCCCCUUCUGAUGUUAUCAAUUUGAUGCAGUUGGGUGAAAAGCAUCGAGCAUCCAGUUCAACAGCAAUGAACCAUAGGAGCAGUCGUUCCCACAGUAUCUUAACUGUCCUUGUAAAUGGGAAGGACAUUGCUGGCAAUGUGAGCCGUAGCAGUUUGCAUUUGGUAGAUCUUGCAGGAAGUGAAAGGGUUGAUAGGUCAGAAGCCACAGGAGAGAGAUUGAAGGAGGCUCAGCAUAUUAACAAGUCCCUCUCCUGCCUUGGAGAUGUCAUCAAUGCAUUAGCUCAGAAGAACUCUCACAUUCCUUACAGAAAUAGUAAACUCACACAACUACUACAGAGUUCAUUAGGGGGAAAUGCGAAGACGCUAAUUUUCGCCCACAUAAGUCCAGAGGCAGAAUCUUAUACAGAAACUCUUAGUACACUGAAAUUUGCUCAAAGGGCUUCUACUGUAGAACUUGGAACUGCUCAUGCAAACAAAGAAAGUAGUGAAAUAAGAGAGCUUAAAGAACAGGUAGACACACUUAAAAAAGCAUUAGCAAGCAAAGAAUUUGAAAAAACAUCUCUUAAACUCAAGGAAAAUGCAAUCACGACUGAGAGAACAAAGCAAGUACUGGAUCGCACCCCCCCUAGAUCACGGAGAUUGAGCCUGGAGAAUGCUAGUUCUGGUAAAAAAGCCAUGAUGCCAGAAAGAAAGAUACCAAAAUCACCUCGUUCAACUAUGAGUUUCACUCGAGACAGGAGUGUAACUCAUGACAAGGAAUGCAGCACUGAUGGCUUCCAUCGCGGCAACCACCACAAGUCACUAAUACAGAUGUCAGCAGCAUUUGCUGAAGAUCCUGUUAGAGAGGAGGACGAGAAGAUAAUUUGUACAGUUGAUACAGUGGAAUUUUGUCAACUACCAUCUGAUGCUUUUGAUCUACUUAAGCAAUCAGGUUUAAAUACCCCAGAGGGCAGAUCAAGGAACGUGUGGACUGAAGCGAGUCACGGUGAUGGUAUUUCUUCCACUGCCAAAUUGGAAAAAGUAAUGACAAAUACUGCAACGAAAAAAGGAUCUCAUCUAAGGAAGUCAAUUCAAAGCAGCAUAGGGAGAUUGAUUCACGGCACUGAAAGGAGGAACGCUCAGCAUUCAGCACAAGGGGCUCCAGCUAAAAUUACAACCAACACGUGCCAUGAUAUUGCACCCCCAGUUACGGCUGAUAUUCGGUUAAGGAGGAGACAGUCGCUGACAGGCAUCCCACCCACUGCACCAACUAUGUCACGCAGGUCCUCUCUUGGAGGGAAGUCGGAUAUAAGUUCAAACGACAAACGAGGUGCCAAAACAUCACCACCAUUGAACUCAGCAGCAAAGGCGAAAAGAUGGCUUUGAAUCUGAAGCAAGAAGUCUUCAUCAGCCAACUAUCGUUACUCCUAGUGUGGUAAAAGAAUACAGUUUGAGGCUUUGGGUGGCGGUUACAUUCUUUGUAACGGCUGAAGCAUUAAUUGCUUCUAGACUAGAGGAAGGGUGGCCGAUUCCUAACUUGAUUGGAGUACAAGCAGCGAUAUGAGAAUCGCAGUAGAUACGAUGAUCAUAGCAAACAAGUGGUUUGGAGUAUGGUAUAUGCACAAGCCACUUUCGGAACUAGUGCUACACAACGCAACCAAUGUUUUCAGAUUUAUUCGUUAGUUAAGAUCA